AUGGCGGCUUAUCCAAAGAUCACAUCAAUUCCACCUUUGAGACAGCUCUCAGUGCUUCCAGUGGAACAAAAAGACGCUUCUUUUGUUUUGAAUAUUGAAUGGAGCACCGCCCGGCCAAAAUUCCUAUUCCAAAUCGAACUCUGCUACAGCGAGGUGACUUCACGGCAGCAUGUUAGCCUCUGGCCAUCAAUAUCGCUCAACCAAGCCUCAUCACAACCCAUCAAUCUUCACCAAGACGAGAACCAAUACACGGCAUGUUUCGUGGGGAAGUUGCCAUAUUCCUCCUUGCCUCCGGAGAAGAAAUUCCAGCACCUGGUCUUUACAUUCAAGUACCGCAUCGAGGACCAUGCGCCAUGGCAAUGGUUUCAGGAUUCUGGCGGUAUCGAGAAAGGAGAGAUUAUUUUCCAGGCACCUGUGGCGGACAGCCCUCCUGUCAGUUCGCUGAUUGCACUUGAGCCAGGCUGGGAAGCAAUGGCCGCUCCAACUUCCGUAUCCGGGGCCACACUGUUCUCGAUAGUGUCUAAUGGGCCCAUUUCUCGGGGACAAGGAGCCGAAGGUCCGUUAUGGAAGUCAUUGGGCCUCGUCCAAAUACAAGCCCGAUAUGUCGCGUUUGCUCAACUCGAGCCACCUUGGAUUGGCCCACGGCAUGGUGACGACUUUCUCUACCUUGCCGAAGGCGCAGUGCUAUGCUCCGUCCUUCGCAAAGAUGGGAUUGUAGUUACGAUUGCGGCACCGAGUAUCGGAAAUAUUAGAGCACUUCUACAUUCUGACGAGCAUGGCCGGAUUGUUGUUGAAGCUCAAGACGAUGGCAACACUGGUGCGCCUUUCCGAAUAAUGCUCUCGGUUGCACGCGACAUGGAAAACUCCCUAGAAGCAAUUAUGUGUCAUUUCCGUGAAGAAUCAAACGACUCCCAGCUUAUUCAAGACAUUGUACGUGAGACAACAAAGUCACACGAUACAAGCCCUGAAUCUUACGAAAAGUGGCUGGACGGGUUAGUAUUUUGCACAUGGAACGGGCUUGGCCCCGACCUUACCGAAGGGAAAGUUUUACAGGCGUUAGAAGUCCUCGAAGAUCACGGCGUAUCAAUCUCAACGCUUCUGAUCGAUGAUAAUUGGCAAACUCUAGCACCAACAGAACUAGAUUUCGGCAAUCCUUUUUGGCGUGGCUUUGCUGAUUUCAAACCCACAGAAGGAUUUCCAAACGGUCUUGAUGGAAUGAUCCGUCGCGUCAAAAAAGAGCAUCCCCUCAUUUCGGACAUUGGUGUUUGGCAUGCUCUUUUCGGCUACUGGGGCGGCCUUGCAAAAGAAGGUUGGAUUGUUGACAACUACGAGACUUUUGAUGUGGACGGCAAGUUGUACUAUGCUGUCCCCACGAAAAUCAAAUCCAUUACAGCGAAAGAUUUGGACAAAUUCUAUGACGACUUCUACACCUAUCUGGCCUCCCAAGGAGUCACCUUUGUCAAAGCCGAUGUCCAGUGUUCGGUCACCGAUCUAAAACACAGCGACGAUCGGACCAUACUCAUACCGGCUUAUCAACGUGCGUGGAUGACGGCCCAACUGCGACACUUCCAGGGCAAGGCCAUCAGCUGCAUGGCCCAAGUCCCGGAAAUGCUGUGGCGAAUUCUCCUGCAAGAUAAAUUCCAGCCAGUUGUCUUGCGCAAUAGUGAUGAUUUCUUCCCGGAGAUUCCAGCUAGCCAUUCAUGGCACUUGUGGGCAAAUGCUCAUAACGCGCUGUUUACGCAGCAUCUCAAUGCCGUACUAGAUUGGGAUAUGUUCCAAACUUCACACGAGUACGGCGCCUAUCACGCUGCUGCACGAUGUCUUUCCGGUGGCCCAAUUUCCAUUACCGAUAUACCGGGAAAACACGACUUGGAUGUCAUCAACCAGAUGGUAGCUCCGAGCCCGGACGGAGGUAGAAGUAUCGCUCUUCGGCCAUCAGUCGGGAAAACACCGCGUGUGUUUGAUAGGUAUCUCGAAUCAGGUGUGCUUAAGAUUGUAAGCGAAACAACACUAGGGACAAAGUUGAUGGGCUUGUUUAAUACAGGCGAAGCCCCUAUAUCGCUGCUCAUAGAAGCAGCUGAGUUUGCAGCCGUGGGAAGGGAAUUGUGGCCCCCCGGGUCAGAGGUUCUAUUUUUCUCGCACCGCGCCCAGGCUCCUUACGGCCCACUUUUCUUGAAACAUAUUCCACAAUUCUAUUCACACCCAGAAGACUUGAUUCACGCCAAACUGCCUGUCAAAGGAUUUGAAAUUCUUUCCGGGCAUGUGACUAAUCGUCUACCCUACAAAGGAGGCCAUUUACUUGUAUGUGUUCUCGGACUACUGGGAAAGAUGACCGGAGCUGCAGCAGUCUGCUCCUCGGUCAUUAAGAUCAGUGAUGAGAAAAAGCUAUACAUGAGUAUCCAGUUGAAAGCGCUGGGGCUGUUGGGUGUAUGGAUAAGCGGCCCGCGGAUCGAAAAAAGUCAGAUACUGGCAAAGCUUGAGAAUCUGGAGUUGGAAGGGCAUAUGAUUAAAACUUUUGACUUCCCCGAUGGCGCGCGGGAGUCCCAGCUUGUCCAAUUUGAUAUACUCGAGACCUGGUCAAAACGAGAGCAUACAGGAGACUCUCGCAUGGAUGUUACCCUAGACAUUGUUAUUGAGAUGACAUAG